AACCGGAACGUUCGGGAAAAUUCCUGAAGCGGUACCGGCGGCUUCCGGAAGCUAGCUGCAGCCUGUGCAGUGGUGCUGGUGAUUGCCGUGGUGAUUCACUCCUCGUCCCUGGUGGUGUGGGUUUCGCCUGGAAAACGGAAUGGCGCUCCUGUGUUACAACCGAGGCUGUGGCCAGCGUUUCGACCCCGAAGCCAACGCGGACGAUGCUUGCACAUACCACCCAGGUGUUCCUGUCUUUCAUGAUGCCCUAAAGGGUUGGUCUUGCUGUAAGAGAAGAACAACUGAUUUUUCUGACUUCUUAAGCAUUGUAGGCUGUACAAAAGGUAGGCAUAAUAGUGAGAAGCCACCUGAACCAGUCAAACCUGAAGUCAAGACUACUGAGAAGAAGGAACUAUCGGAAUUAAAACCCAAAUUUCAGGAGCACAUCAUUCAAGCGCCUAAACCAGUAGAAGCAAUAAAAAGGCCAAGCCCAGAUGAGCCAAUGACGAACUUGGAAUUAAAAAUAUCUGCUUCCCUAAAACAAGCACUUGAUAAACUUAAGCUGUCAUCUGGGAAUGAAGAAGAUAAAAAAGAAGAAGACAAUGAUGAAAUUAAGAUUGGGACUUCUUGUAAAAAUGGAGGGUGUUCAAAGACAUACCAGGGUCUACAGAGUCUAGAAGAAGUCUGUGUGUAUCAUUCUGGAGUACCCAUUUUCCAUGAGGGGAUGAAAUAUUGGAGCUGUUGUAGAAGAAAAACCUCAGAUUUUAAUACAUUCUUAGCCCAAGAGGGCUGUACGAAAGGGAAACAUGUGUGGACUAAAAAAGAUGCAGGGAAAAAAGUUGUUCCAUGUAGACACGACUGGCAUCAGACUGGGGGUGAAGUUACCAUCUCAGUAUAUGCUAAAAAUUCACUGCCAGAACUCAGUCAAGUAGAAGCAAAUAGUACAUUGUUAAAUGUACACAUUGUGUUUGAAGGAGAGAAAGAAUUUCAUCAAAAUGUGAAACUAUGGGGUGUGAUUGAUGUUAAACGAAGUUAUGUAACUAUGACUGCAACAAAGAUUGAAAUCACUAUGAGAAAGGCGGAACCCAUGCAGUGGGCAAGUCUUGAACUACCUACAACCAAAAAGCAAGAGAAACAAAAAGAUAUAGCUGAUUGAUUAGAGGAGAAACAGAAAUCUCUUGUCUAUUUUAGAGUUGUUAGUCCAUGUGGUGAAGUAGUUGCUUGCUGCUGUAAUCUUUUUGUUGUUUUUAAUCUGCCACUUUGGGGUUAUCAUGAGGUUCUUCAAAGCCAAAGUCUGUUAAACUUUUGUGCCUCUAUAUUCCUUUUGAGUUGCAUAACAUGAUUAUUCAAGUCUCCUCACUAGACCUAUAGUUGUUGCCCUUACAGUUGAAGGGAGGGAAAGAACCCAAAAGUAUAAUUGCAGUAUUUUUUGGUAUAAAUUAUUGUAAGCAGGAAAUGAAAAGGGAUUUUUUUUUAAUCCUGAUAACUCCUUUUUCCCUUAAAUGGGAAAGCAAAGUGGUAUAUAAAAAUUUAAUUGGCCUAUCCAUGAACUUUUGUUACUCUAAUUUUUGAAAAUCUUUAAGGAAAAGACUUUUGUUUGUUUUUCCCUAUGCAGUGGUUACUUUUUGCAGUACUAAUUCUGAAGCAGUUGAGUCACACUAUCUGUGUACUGGCUAAGGUUAUAAUUUGUUUGCAGUUAAAUUAAUUACAGAAAGUUGCAUCAAUACUUGCAUUACCUGGCAAGCAGUAUAAUUUAAGUCUAUAGAAAAUAAACUAAGAUUAUAGAAUUAUCAGUUUGGUUAAAAUUCAUCAUAAGAGUAAGCAAUAAUGUUAAAGUCUCUUUCCUGAUUAUUUAAAAGACUCUUUAUGGUGUUUUGACUAAAUUGUAUCUGAUUGAUAGUCUAAACACUCUAUGGAUUAUAUCUGUCUCCUUGAUGAAAAAUGGUAUCUGUUAAAUUGUGAAUGUGUAGCUUUGUUGAAAUAUAUUAAGGUGUGUGUUGAGGCUUAAACCAGAAAUGUACCUGGAGGCUUGUUUUGAGCUGCUGAUCUUUCAACUUAAGGCUCUAUUUUGAAGGCUGUAAAACCUUUAGGAUAUUGAGGGGUGAGCCUUUGAGGAUUAUACACUCCUGCUGGUCUGAUCCAGUCAGGACAUAUGAACCACUUCUGUCCCAUACUCCCACUGCUGCCUCCUCAGCCAUUAUAGAUUGUAUCCUCUGAAACCGUGAGCCAAAAUAAACCUUACUUCCCUUGA